AUGGUUUUCCUCUCUGGGAACUCAUCCGACUGUUCCAACUGCACCCACUCUGCAGGGCCCGUGAACAUUUCCAAGGCCAUUUUGCUAGGCGUUAUUCUAGGGGGGCUGAUCAUUUUUGGGGUUUUGGGUAACAUUCUGGUUAUCCUCUCUGUAGCCUGCCACAGGCAUCUUCAGAGUGUCACCCACUACUAUAUAAUUAAUCUUGCUGUAGCUGACCUCCUCUUGACAUCCACUGUCCUGCCCUUCUCUGCUACUAUGGAGAUUUUGGGCUACUGGGCCUUCGGGAGGAUUUUCUGUAACAUCUGGGCAGCUGUUGAUGUCCUUUGCUGCACUGCUUCCAUUAUGAGCCUCUGCAUCAUCUCGAUAGACAGAUACAUCGGGGUGAGCUACCCACUGCGAUACCCCAGCAUAGUGACAGAGAAGAGAGGCCUCCUGGCUCUGCUGUGCGUGUGGGCGCUGUCUCUGGUCAUCUCCAUUGGACCUCUUUUUGGAUGGAAGGAACCAGCACCCGAAGACGAGACCAUCUGCCAGAUCACCGAAGAGCCCGGCUACGUGCUGUUCUCCGCGCUGGGCUCCUUCUACCUCCCGCUGACCAUCAUCCUGGUGAUGUACUGCCGAGUGUAUGUCGUGGCCAAAAGGGAAAACAAAGGUUUGAGGUCAGGGUUGAAGAUGGAGAAAUCUCGUUCUGAAGCAGUGACCCUACGGAUCCACCGCAAAAACGCCUCCGAAACGAGCGGGGCCACGGCCAGUUCUAAGAGCAAGCAUCACUUCUCAGUGCGUCUCCUCAAGUUCUCCAGAGAAAAGAAAGCGGCCAAGACCCUGGGAAUUGUAGUGGGAUGCUUUGUUCUGUGCUGGCUUCCAUUUUUUGUAGUCAUGCCUCUUGGUUCUUUCUUUCCUACAAUCAAACCCCCGGACACACUUUUUAAAAUAACAUUUUGGCUUGGAUAUUUAAACAGCUGCAUCAACCCCAUCAUCUAUCCAUGCUCCAGUCAAGAGUUUAAGAAAGCGUUCCAAAAUGUCCUGAGAGCGCAGUGCCUCCCAAGAAAGCAUGCAGCGAAAAAGCAACCCCCAAGCUUCAACCUCAAUCACCCCAACAGCCAAAGCAUGGGAGGUGGCAGAGGAGUGGUCCGCAUCCCCGUCGGCUCGGGAGAAACCUUCUAUAAGAUUUCCAAAGCCGAUGGGGUCUGUGAAUGGAAGAUUUUCUCCGCCGCGCAAAGCGUGCCGACGAAAAAUGCGAUUCCUAAGGACAAGUCCAGCUGCACUGCUGCCAAAGUGAAAAGCAAAGGCUUCCUCCAGGAGUGCUGCUGUGCGGGCACUGCAGGGAACGCGGUGCAUGAAAACUGCAAAGUGCCAACCAUUAAAAUACACACCAUGACCCUCAGUGAGAGCGGGGAGGAUGUCUAA